UUGCCCUUUUUCUCCCACUCCGCUUUCUUUUUCCUCCAAAGUUUUGCCUCUCUCACACAUCACUGCCUCGGUAGCUCAACUUGACACCGCCUUUCUUCUCCCUUGCCUCCGAUCACUCUGUAGAGUGUCAGAUCGGUGACUGUUGUUACACAAAAUCAGCGGGGCGAUGUCUUCGUCCCGGAGAGGGCCGCCUCCGCAGCAGAUGCCUUCGCAGCAACAACAGCCGCUGCAGCGGCGGAUACUGCGGACGCAAACUACCGGUAAUCUCGGGGAGGCCAUCUUUGAUAGCGAGCUCGUGCCGUCUUCGCUCGUUGAUAUCGCGCCCAUCCUCCGAGUCGCUAACGAGGUCGAGCAGGAAGAUCGUCGUGUCGCUUAUCUUUGUCGAUUCUAUGCAUUUGAAAAGGCUCAUAGAUUAGAUCCAACAUCAAGUGGACGUGGUGUUCGUCAAUUCAAGACUGCUCUAUUGCAACGUCUAGAAAGGGAGAAUGAUCCCACUUUAAUGGAUAGAAUGAAAAAAAGUGAUGCACGUCAAAUGCAAAGCUUUUAUCAGCAAUACUACAAAAGAUAUAUUCAAGAACUUCAAAAUGCUGCUGAUAAAGCUGAUCGUGCUAAACUUACUAAAGCCUACCAAACUGCUGCAAUAUUAUUUGAGGUUUUAAAAGCUGUCAAUCUUACCCAUGCCAUUAAAGUUGAUGAUGAGAUACUGGAAACUCACCACAAAGUUGAGGAAAAAAAACAAACACUUGGACCUUACAAUAUUCUCCCUCUCGACCCUGAUAGUGCAAAUCAGGCAAUUAUGUUAUAUCCAGAGAUUCAAGCUGCUGUCAAAGCUCUUCGGAAUACGAGGGGCCUACCAUGGGCAAAGGACCAUAACAAGAAAGCAGAUGAGGAUAUUCUUGACUGGCUUCAAUCAAUGUUUGGUUUUCAGAAGGACAAUGUCUCCAACCAAAGGGAGCAUCUCAUUUUGUUGCUUGCGAAUGUCCACAUUCGUAAAAAUCUAAAGCCUGACCAACAACCAAAGUUGGAUGACCGUGCCUUGGAUGAGGUUAUGAAGAAGUUAUUUAAAAACUAUAAAAAGUGGUGCAAGUACUUGGACCGCAAGAGUAGCCUUUGGUUGCCAGCCAUCCAGCAGGAAGUGCAACAAAGGAAGCUCCUCUAUAUGGGUCUCUACCUUCUUAUAUGGGGUGAAGCUGCGAAUUUACGUUUUUUGCCUGAGUGUCUUUGCUACAUUUAUCAUCAUAUGGCAUUUGAAUUAUAUGGUAUGCUAAUUGGGAGUGUGAGCCAAACAACUGGUGAGAACGUCAAACCUGCUUAUGGGGGUGAUAAAGAAGCAUUUCUACAAAAAGUGGUGACACCAAUUUACAAGGUUAUAGAAAAGGAAGCUGAAAAGAGCUCAAGUGAAAAAUCAAAACACUCUCAAUGGAGAAAUUAUGAUGAUUUAAAUGAAUAUUUCUGGUCUGUUGAUUGUUUCCGUUUGGGCUGGCCUAUGCGGGCUGAUGCUGAUUUCUUUUGUUAUCCCCAGAGUCAUCAUGAGGAGAGAAAUGAGGAAGUCAAGUAUGCUAAAGGUCAGCAGUGGAUUGGGAAAGUUAACUUUGUUGAGAUCCGUUCAUUUUGGCAUAUUUUUCGUAGUUUUGAUAGAAUGUGGAGCUUCUUUAUCUUAUCCUUACAGGUUAUGAUCAUUCUUGCUUGGAAUGGUGGUUCACCAAGUGGUAUAUUUGACCCUGCUAUAUUCAAGAAAUUGCUCAGCAUCUUUAUUACAGCUUCCGUACUGAAGCUUGGACAAGCUGUCCUAGAUAUUAUGCUAAGCUGGAAGGCAAGAAGAAGUAUGUCGUUGCCGGUUAAGCUGAGGUAUAUCUUAAAGUUAAUUGCAGCAGUUGCAUGGGUGAUAAUAUUGCCAGUGACUUAUGCCUAUUCAUUUGAAAAUCCUUCUGGUCUGGCAAAGACUAUAAAAAACUGGGUUGGUGGUGGACAAAAUCGACCAUCACUAUACUUUUUGGCAGUUGUGAUAUAUUUGUCCCCAAAUAUGCUUUCGGCGUUGUUAUUUCUGUUUCCUUCACUGAGACGGUUUCUUGAAAGUUCACAUUACAAAAUUAUCAUGCUGCUGAUGUGGUGGUCUCAGCCUCGACUCUUUGUUGGGAGGGGAAUGCAUGAAGGACCAUUUUCACUUUUGAUGUACACAUUAUUCUGGGUGAUUCUCAUUCUAGCAAAGUUGGUGUUUAGUUAUUAUGUAGAGAUUAAGCCUCUUGUUGGUCCAACUAAAGAUAUCAUGAGAAUUCCGAUAAGAACUUAUCAGUGGCAUGAGUUCUUUCCUCGAGCUAAGAACAACAUAGGUGUUGUCAUUGCUCUUUGGGCUCCGAUUAUUCUUGUUUAUUUCAUGGAUACCCAGAUUUGGUAUGCAAUAUUCUCCACAUUAGUUGGUGGGAUUUAUGGUGCUUGUCGUCGGCUUGGAGAGAUUCGAUCAUUGGGAUUGUUACGGUCCAGAUUUGAGAGACUACCGAUGAAAUUUAAUUCCCAGCUAAUUCCAACUGACAAUUCAGAUGGGAACAAAAAAAGGGGGCUAAAAGCUUCUCUAUCUCGUCGAUUUGGUCAGAUGGCUGAUGACAACAAGGAAGAUACAAAUGAUGAUAAAGUGAUUCGAGCAAGGUUUGCUCAGAUAUGGAACACAAUCAUCACCAGCUUUCGAAAGGAGGAUCUUAUAAGCAAUAGGGAAAUGGAUUUGUUGCUUGUUCCAUACAGGGCAGACAGAGAACUUGAUGUACCACAGUGGCCUCCUUUCUUACUUGCCAGCAAGAUUCCAGUAGCAGUGCACAUGGCAAAGGAUACCAAGGCAAAUGAUAGUGAACUUCAUAGGAGGCUCAAAGAUGAUACAUAUAUGGCAUGCGCUGUUCGUGAGUGUUAUUUAUCAUGUAGAAGCAUUCUUAACAGUUUAGUUGAAGGUGAACCUGAAAAACCUGAAAAGAAGCUUAUAGUCCAGAUCUUUGAGGUGGUUGAUAAGCAUAUCAAUAGUGGAAAACUCAUAGAAGAUUUCAAAAUGAAAGAAGCUCUUCCAAAUUUGUAUAAUCUAUUUGUCAAGUUGAUUGAGUAUCUGAUGGAUAACAAAGAAGAGGAUCGCCAAAACGUUGUCCUAUGUUUCCAAGACAUGCUUGAAGUAGUGACUAAGGACAUUGACAUAAUGGAGGAACAACUCUCCAGCAUUUUAGAAUCCAUUCAUGGAGGUUCAUAUAGAAUGCAUGAAGGCUUUGCUUCACUGGAUGAUCAAGUUCAGCUGUUUGCAUCACCUGGAGCUAUCAAGUUUCCGUACCCACAAUCAGAUGCUUGGUCAGAGAAGAUCAAAAGGCUAUAUUUACUUCUUACUGUCAAGGAGUCUGCAAUGGAUGUACCCACUAAUCUAGAAGCCAGAAGGCGCAUUACUUUCUUCAGUAAUUCACUUUUUAUGAAUAUGCCUCAGGCACCAAAAGUCCGGAACAUGCUUUCUUUCUCGGUUUUGACACCAUAUUUUAAUGAGGAUGUUCUAUUCUCUCUGACUAAUCUUGAAGAGCCAAAUGAAGAUGGAGUCUCUAUUCUUUUCUAUUUGCAGAAAAUAUAUCCAGAUGAAUGGACCAACUUCCUUGAAAGGGUUGAAUGCAAAACAGAAGACGAGCUUAGAAGUAAAAAAGAACUUGAAGAAGAACUACGCCUAUGGGCUUCAAAUAGAGGCCAGACCUUAACUCGAACUGUUAGAGGUAUGAUGUACAACAGGAAAGCUCUGGAACUUCAAGCUUUUCUUGAUAUGGCCAAAGAUGAAGAUCUUAUGGAAGGUUAUAGAGAAGCUGAAUUAAUUUUUGAACAGCAGCCAAAGUUAGAAAGAUCUUUAUGGGCACAAUGCCAGGCUGUAGCUGAUAUGAAGUUCACAUAUGUGGUAUCCUGCCAGCAGUAUGGGAUUGACAAGCGAUCUGGUCAUUCCAGGGCGCAAGAUAUUCUAAAGCUCAUGAGAACGUAUCCAUCUCUCCGUGUGGCUUAUAUUGAUGAGGUUGAGGUACCUACCAGCUCUAGGAAAACUGAGAAAAUUUACUAUUCUGCUUUGGUUAAGGCUGCUUUGCCCAAAAGUGACGACCUAUCAGAACAACUACAGAGUCUUGACCAGGAAAUUUAUCGGAUAAAGCUUCCUGGCCGUGCAAUUUUGGGUGAGGGAAAGCCUGAAAACCAAAACCAUGCUAUCAUCUUUACACGUGGGGAAGGUCUGCAGACCAUAGAUAUGAACCAGGAUAACUAUUUGGAGGAGGCUUUUAAAAUGAGAAACCUGCUUCAAGAAUUUCUUAAAAAACAUGAUGGUGGAAGAUAUCCUUCUAUCCUGGGAGUCAGGGAGCAUAUAUUUACUGGAAGUGUUUCUUCUCUUGCAUGGUUCAUGUCUAAUCAAGAGCAUAGUUUUGUGACUAUUGGACAACGGUUGCUUGCAAACCCCCUAAAGGUCCGUUUUCACUAUGGUCAUCCAGAUGUAUUUGAUAGAAUUUUUCAUCUCACAAGGGGUGGCAUAAGUAAAGCGUCUAAAAUUGUAAAUUUAAGUGAAGACAUAUUUGCAGGUAUCAAUUCCACUCUCCGUCAAGGCAAUGUAACUCAUCACGAAUAUAUACAAGUUGGCAAAGGAAGAGAUGUCGGACUCAAUCAGAUCUCUCUCUUUGAGACAAAGAUAGCAAAUGGAAAUGGGGAGCAGACGUUGAGUCGUGACAUUUAUAGACUUGGGCAUCGAUUUGAUUUCUUUAGAAUGCUAUCAUGUUAUUUCACCACUGUGGGUUUUUACUUCAGUACAUUGUUAACAGUCCUUACAGUUUAUGCCUUCCUAUAUGGUCGUCUCUAUCUUGUUCUUAGUGGUCUUGAGAAAGGUCUAGCAACUAACAGAAGGUUUAUACAUAACCAACCUCUUCAGGCUGCUCUUGCAUCGCAAUCUUUAGUGCAGCUUGGUUUUCUAAUGGCUCUACCAAUGAUGAUGGAAAUUGGUCUUGAAAAGGGAUUUCGCACUGCACUUAGUGAAUUCAUAUUGAUGCAGUUGCAACUAGCUUCUGUAUUCUUUACAUUUUCUCUUGGGACUAGAACCCAUUAUUAUGGAAGAACAUUGCUGCAUGGUGGUGCGGAAUAUAGAGGUACAGGCCGUGGCUUUGUAGUCUUUCAUGCAAAAUUUGCAGACAACUAUCGGCUCUAUUCUCGGAGUCAUUUUGUGAAGGGAAUUGAGCUGCUGAUCUUACUGACUGUCUAUGAAAUCUUUGGUCAAUCAUAUGAUUCUACAGUUGCAUAUCUUUUUGUUACAUUUUCCAUGUGGUUCAUGGUGGGUACAUGGCUUUUUGCUCCGUUUUUAUUUAAUCCAUCGGGUUUCGAGUGGCAAAAAAUUGUUGAUGAUUGGACUGAUUGGAGCAAAUGGAUCAGCAACGGUGGAGGCAUUGGUGUUUCAGGAGACAAAAGCUGGGAAUCAUGGUGGGACAAGGAACAAGAACAUCUCAAAUAUUCUGGGAUGAGAGGGAUUAUAUGUGAGAUAGUGCUUGCAUUGCGCUUCUUUAUCUACCAAUAUGGUCUUGUUUACCACUUGAAUAUGACAAAAAGAGCAAAGAGUAUUCUGGUCUAUGGGAUUUCAUGGCUUGUCAUAUUGGUUGUUCUUCUCAUCAUGAAGACUGUGUCUGUGGGAAGGCGAAAAUUCAGUGCAAACUUUCAGCUCGUGUUCCGGUUGAUCAAGUUUCUCAUUUUUGUUACAUUCGUUUCCAUUUUGAUUAUUUUAAUUGCCCUACCACACAUGACGGUGCAAGAUAUUAUUGUAUGCUGCCUAGCUUUUUUGCCAACAGGAUGGGGAAUGCUUUUGAUUGCUCAAGCUUGUAAAGGUUUCAUAAAACGUCUUGGUCUGUGGAGCUCAGUCCGUGCGUUAGCUCGAGGCUACGAGAUCAUGAUGGGGCUGCUCCUUUUCACCCCAAUCAUCUUCCUGGCCUGGUUCCCGUUUGUUUCAGAGUUCCAGACUCGUAUGCUGUUUAAUCAAGCCUUCAGUCGAGGGCUCCAGAUUUCCCGCAUUCUUGGUGGUCAAAAGAAGGAUCGCUCAAGAAACAAGUAGUCAGCCUCUUCAAUGGUUUAGUGUAAAGUCCAUUGUGUAUGCAGCAGACGACUAUUUACUCCCUCUGUUUUUCUAGCUGGUUUUUCUUUUCUUUUCUUUUCUUCCUUGAACUAUUACAAAUGUUGAAUGCCUUUUUCCAUUGGACCAAUAUGUUUUUGGAAAAAAGUAACAUCUAUAUCUGCGUUGGGGACUAAAACUCCAAUAUGAUAUGAAGCAUUGUUCCUUCGUUGCA